AUGGAUGGACCGGUGGUGGCUACAGAUGACAAGGGGCUUCCUCGGAUUCCACGGUUUGAUGGCAAACUGAAUGCGGGGCAGGUGGAGGCAUUGUGGCGUGACUUUUUCAACGACCCAGUGCAGUUCUUCGACUACCGGGAGAUGAAGCAACACGCAGAAGUGCCCCCCAAGUACCCGGAUUUCAAGAAGAUAGCUACAGGCGAGCCGCUGUGGGUGGAGAGCCGCGGCACCCCUCCCUGGGUGCAUGAAUGCUUGCAAAAAUACGAUGAUGCCUUUGCUGCAGCCCUGGCAGGCAUGCCGCUUGAGGGGCAGGGGGGGCAGGAGGGUGCGGCAGGGGCAGGUGUUGAGGAGCAGUUUCAGGAGGAGUUUGGGGGAGGGGCGAUGGACGCUCCCCUGGCACGCAUGCCGCUUGAGGGGCAGGGGGGGGAGGAGGGUGCUACUGGUGGGGAGCAGCUUCAGGAGGAGUUUGGGGAGGGGCAAUGGACGCCCGUGGGUUCUAAUCAGGAAGAGCUUCGGGUUUAUGCCUUCUUGUGGGUGCAGAGUCGAGAACUUCCUCCCCUUGGGUGGAUGAUUCCUUGCAGAAAAUACGAUGAUGCCUUUGCUGCAGCCCUGGAAGGCAUGCCGCUUGAGGGGCAGGGGGGCGCGGAGGAGGGUGCUGCUGGUGGGGAGCAGUUUGGGGAGAAUUAA